GUGCAGAUUGUGCAGUGACAUGUCGCUCUUGUGCUCAAAAUGGCCACCACGAACGAUUCGAAGGCGCCUUUGCGCCAAGUUAAAAGAGUGCAGUUUGGUAUAUUAUCACCUGAUGAAAUCCGACGUAUGUCCGUCACGGAAGGGGGCAUUCGCUUUCCCGAAACCAUGGAAGGCGGAAGGCCGAAGCUUGGCGGACUUAUGGAUCCACGACAAGGGGUGAUUGACAGGAAUGCCAGGUGUCAAACCUGUGCUGGAAAUAUGACCGAAUGUCCUGGUCACUUCGGACAUAUCGAUUUAGCUAAACCAGUAUUUCAUAUUGGUUUCAUUACAAAGACUAUAAAAAUCUUGAGAUGUGUUUGCUUCUACUGCUCUAAGCUGCUUGUUAGCCCGACAAAUCCAAAGAUAAAAGAAGUAGUUAUGAAAUCAAAGGGACAACCGCGUAAGAGAUUGACAUAUGUAUAUGACCUUUGCAAAGGUAAAAAUAUUUGCGAGGGUGGUGAAGACAUGGAUAUUGGCAAAGAAGGGGAAGAAGGUAAAAGAGGGUCUGGACAUGGUGGUUGUGGUCACUACCAACCAUCUAUUAGACGUCAAGGUUUAGAUCUAACUGCUGAAUGGAAACAUGCAAAUGAAGAUACACAAGAAAAGAAAAUAAUAAUAACAGCAGAGAGAGUGUGGGAGAUACUUAAACACAUCACAGAUGAGGAAUCAUUUAUUUUGGGGAUGGAUCCCAAAUUUGCCAGACCGGAUUGGAUGAUUGUAACAGUCUUGCCAGUGCCACCAUUGUCAGUGAGACCAGCUGUUGUCAUGUUUGGUGCUGCAAAAAAUCAAGAUGAUUUGACUCAUAAACUGGCUGACAUUAUCAAGGCAAAUAAUGAAUUGAUGAGGAAUGAACAGUUGGGUGCUGCAGCUCAUGUCCUUGCCGAAAACAUUAGACUGUUACAAUUUCAUGUGGCCACAUUUGUAGACAAUGAUAUGCCGGGCAUGCCUAAAGCAAUGCAGAAAUCAGGAAAACCUCUGAAAGCAAUCAAAGCCCGGCUGAAGGGAAAAGAAGGUAGAAUAAGAGGAAACCUUAUGGGAAAACGUGUAGAUUUUUCAGCUCGUACUGUUAUUACACCUGAUCCAAAUUUACGUAUUGACCAAGUAGGAGUACCUCGGUCAAUUGCUCAAAAUUUAACAUUCCCAGAGCUUGUCACCCCAUUUAAUAUUGACAGAAUGCAAGAGUUGGUCAGAAGAGGAAAUGCCCAAUAUCCUGGUGCCAAAUAUAUCGUACGCGAUAACGGGGAAAGAAUUGAUCUUCGAUUCCAUCCUAAACCAUCAGAUCUACAUCUGCAGUAUGGGUACAAAGUUGAGCGACAUUUAAGAGAUGAUGAUUUGGUUAUAUUUAACCGGCAGCCUACUCUCCACAAGAUGAGUAUGAUGGGACACAGGGUGAAAGUGCUACCUUGGUCAACAUUCCGUAUGAAUUUAAGUUGUACGUCUCCUUACAAUGCUGAUUUCGAUGGAGAUGAAAUGAAUUUACAUGUUCCGCAGUCUAUGGAAACUCGAGCAGAAGUUGAAAAUAUUCAUAUUACACCUCGCCAAAUUAUUACACCACAAGCCAAUAAACCUGUCAUGGGUAUUGUACAAGAUACAUUAACUGCUGUCAGAAAAAUGACAAAAAGAGAUGUGUUCCUCACUAAAGAACAAGUUAUGAAUUUACUUAUGUUCUUACCUACAUGGGAUGGUAAGAUCCCACAGCCGUGUAUUUUGAAGCCACAACCACUGUGGACUGGUAAACAGAUAUUUACUUUAAUCAUUCCUGGAAACGUAAAUAUGAUUAGAACACACUCAACACAUCCUGAUGAAGAAGAUGAUGGACCAUAUAAAUGGAUAUCACCAGGUGAUACAAAAGUUGUUGUGGAGCAUGGAGAAUUGCUUAUGGGUAUCCUAUGUAAGAAAUCAUUGGGUGCUUCAGCAGGUUCUUUGCUUCACAUUUGUAUGUUGGAGUUGGGCCAUGAAACUGCUGGCCGAUUUUAUGGUAAUAUUCAGACUGUAAUCAAUAACUGGUUGUUACUGGAAGGCCAUUCCAUUGGUAUUGGUGACACUAUUGCUGAUCCACAAACAUACCAAGAAAUUCAGCGUGCCAUUGUAAAGGCCAAAGAUGAUGUCAUAGAAGUUAUCCAAAAAGCUCAUAAUAUGGAACUGGAGCCAACUCCAGGUAACACUUUGAGACAGACAUUUGAAAAUCAAGUAAAUCGUAUUCUAAACGACGCUCGUGACAAAACUGGUGGUUCAGCUAAGAAGUCCCUUACAGAGUACAACAACCUUAAGGCUAUGGUAGUUGCAGGUUCAAAAGGUUCAAAUAUUAAUAUAUCUCAAGUUAUUGCUUGUGUGGGUCAGCAAAACGUAGAAGGUAAACGUAUUCCAUUUGGCUUUCGAAAGCGAACAUUACCACAUUUUAUUAAAGACGAUUACGGUCCUGAAUCUAGAGGCUUUGUAGAAAAUUCUUAUCUUGCCGGCUUGACGCCAUCGGAGUUCUAUUUUCACGCUAUGGGUGGUCGUGAAGGUCUUAUUGAUACUGCUGUUAAAACUGCUGAGACUGGAUAUAUUCAACGUCGUUUGAUAAAGGCUAUGGAGUCCGUAAUGGUACAUUACGACGGAACUGUUCGUAAUUCUGUCGGGCAAUUGAUCCAAUUACGUUAUGGCGAGGAUGGUCUCGCUGGAGAAACUGUAGAAUUCCAGAAUUUACCUACAGUGAAACUGUCCAACAAAGCAUUUGAAAAGAAAUUCAAAUUUGAUCCUUCUAAUGAGAGAUACCUUAAACGAAUUUUCAAUGAAGAUAUUAUUAAAGAGUUGACCGAGUCCGGAUACGUAAUAUCUGAUCUUGAAAGUGAAUGGGAACAGUUAUCAAAGGACAGAGAAAUAUUGAGACAAAUUUUCCCUAGCGGUGAAUCAAAGGUCGUACUUCCUUGUAAUUUCAAGAGAAUGAUUUGGAAUGUACAGAAGAUUUUCCAUAUUAAUAAAAGAAUGCCAACAGACUUAAGUCCUAUUAAGGUCAUACAAGGAGUAAAAGAUUUGUUGAAGAAAUGUGUUAUUGUAGCAGGGGAAGAUCGCUUAUCUAAGCAGGCUAAUGAGAAUGCCACCCUUCUGUUCCAAUGUUUAGUAAGAUCAACAUUGUGCACGAAAUUUGUAUCGGAAGAAUACCGUUUGUCAAGUGAAGCCUUCGAAUGGCUUAUUGGAGAAAUUGAAACUCGUUUCCAGCAGGCUCAAGUGAAUCCAGGAGAAAUGGUUGGAGCUUUAGCUGCACAAUCACUUGGAGAACCUGCCACUCAGAUGACAUUGAACACUUUCCACUUUGCUGGUGUAUCAUCCAAAAAUGUAACACUUGGUGUACCGCGAUUGAAGGAAAUCAUUAACAUAUCUAAGAAACCAAAAGCGCCAUCUCUAACUGUAUUUCUGACAGGUGGUGCCGCUCGAGACGCUGAAAAAGCUAAGAAUGUUCUGUGCAGAUUAGAACAUACAACUUUGCGAAAGGUUACUGCAAAUACAGCCAUCUACUAUGACCCAGAUCCACAAAAUACAGUUAUUGCUGAAGAUCAAGAAUUCGUUAAUGUUUACUAUGAGAUGCCUGACUUUGAUCCCACCAAGAUAUCGCCUUGGCUUUUGCGUAUUGAAUUAGAUCGCAAGAGGAUGACGGAUAAGAAAUUGACUAUGGAACAGAUUGCAGAAAAAAUUAAUGCAGGUUUCGGAGAUGAUUUGAACUGCAUAUUCAACGACGAUAAUGCUGAGAAACUUGUACUUCGUAUAAGAAUCAUGAAUAACGAAGAGAGUAAAUUCCAAGAUAACGAUGAAGAGACUGUGGACAAAAUGGAAGAUGACAUGUUCCUACGUUGUAUUGAAGCCAAUAUGUUAUCUGACAUGACACUACAAGGCAUUGAAGCUAUUGCCAAAGUAUACAUGCAUUUACCUCAAACUGAAGCUAAAAAGCGAAUCAUUAUUACAGAACAAGGUGAAUUUAAGGCAAUUGCUGAAUGGCUACUUGAAACUGAUGGUACUUCACUUAUGAAAGUCCUUUCCGAAAGAGACGUAGAUCCGAUAAGAACAUUUUCUAACGACAUUUGUGAAAUAUUCCAAGUACUUGGUAUUGAGGCUGUGCGAAAGUCAGUAGAAAAGGAAAUGAAUGCCGUGUUGCAAUUCUAUGGUCUAUACGUAAACUAUCGCCAUCUUGCUUUGCUUUGUGAUGUGAUGACAGCAAAGGGUCACCUCAUGGCUAUUACCCGUCACGGUAUUAACAGACAAGACACUGGCGCCUUAAUGAGAUGUUCAUUCGAAGAAACGGUAGACGUUUUACUAGACGCAGCCAGUCAUGCCGAAGUGGAUCCAAUGAGAGGAGUAUCAGAAAAUAUAAUUAUGGGACAGUUGCCACGAAUGGGCACAGGAUGUUUUGACUUACUACUUGAUGCAGAAAAGUGUAAACACGGAAUGGAAAUGGGAGGUCUUGGAGUAGGCAUGGGUGUUGGUGCAGGAAUGUACUUUGGUGUUGGAACACCGUCUAUGACACCACUAAUGACACCAUGGUCUACUCAGAACACACCAGGGUAUGGCAGCAGUGUAUGGUCACCGGGUCAAGUUGGCAGUAGUAUGACCCCUGGUGGUCCAUCGUUCUCGCCAUCUGGUGCAUCGGACGCUUCUGGUCUCUCACCAGCUUACAGUGCCUGGUCUUCACAGCCAGGUUCACCAGGGUCACCUGGACCACCACUGUCACCCUAUGCGUCCCCCGCGGGAGCUUCCCCGUCUUAUUCUCCGACUAGUCCGGUUUACUCAGGAGCUUCUCCUCUACAGUCUAACCCCACAUCCCCGCAUUACUCACCGACCAGUCCUUCAUAUUCCCCAACCUCACCACACUAUUCACCGACUUCACCAAUUUAUUCUCCAACUUCCCCAAGUUAUUCACCGACAUCGCCAGGUUACUCGCCAACGUCUCCUUCGUAUUCGCCGACGUCGCCAAGUUAUUCCCCUACUUCCCCGAGUUAUUCUCCCACCAGUCCGGCAUAUUCACCUACUUCUCCCAGUUACUCUCCCACUUCGCCGAGUUACUCGCCAACGAGUCCCUCAUAUUCACCAACAAGUCCAUCUUACUCACCGACAAGCCCGGGAUAUUCGCCGACGUCUCCGGGAUAUUCGCCAUCCUCUCCAAGCUAUUCGCCUACCAGUCCAGUUUAUAGUCCAACUUCACCCAGUUAUUCGCCAUCAUCACCAAAUUAUACACCAACCUGUCCUGCCUAUUCUCCAUCGAGUCCGUCAUAUUCUCCGACAUCUCCAGCUUAUUUACCAUCUUCUCCAAAAUAUUCACCGUCGUCGCCACAAUACUCGCCGACGUCGCAGAAUUAUUCGCCGACUUCACCGUCCCUCGCUGGAGGAAGUCCCACAUAUUCUCCGACAAGCCCACAAUAUUCUCCAACAAGCCAUCAUUAUUCACCAACCAGCCCGGCGUAUUCACAUUCCUCUCCUCAGCACCAGUCGAGUACACCUUAUUCCCCGUCAUCGCCUAAUUAUUCUCCUUCUUCACCUAAUUACUCGCCGUCGUCUCCUGGCUAUUCGCCAUCUUCUACUAAGUAUUCACCGACAUCGACGACAUAUACUCCGACAUCUCCGAACUACUCGCCGACUUCCCGCGUGCACUCCCCAGCCUCAGGUGGGGGAACCACUACCUACUCCCCAACUUCACCUACUUAUUCUCCUAACUCUCCAUCGUAUGAUGCCGGCGAUGACUAAUUUUGCGUAUAUUUAAUUUGUAACUAUUAUAAAGUUAGUGAAAAUAAUAAAAACGUCUCUUCAGCAGUAUUUAAAAGAGAUGGACCAUAAGGUCACCAAAAAUAUUAUUUUUAGUUUUAUUCAUAAAACAAG